CUUCUUUGAGCUUUUUGGAGCUAUCAGAGGUAUGGUCUGUGUACAAACUUGCUGCGGCUGUUGGGAUACAAGGAGAGGAUGUAUUAUGAUAGGCUACAUAACUGGAGCUUUAAGUGCAGUGGGUUGCGUUGGCUCAAUUCUUCGACUUAUCAUGGGGGUCCCUUUAGUUCUGUUAAAUGACGAUACUCAAGGACAAUUUGAUUUUAAUCCUCUCUUCUUUGUGUUUGGUUCUGCGUAUUUUGCCUUUCAUACUGUUGCGUCAUUCACACUAGUGCCAGCUGUAAAAGAGGCACGAGAAAUGUUUACUGUUCCUGCCAUAGUUAUGCUGCUUGUAGAUAUUGUAUUAGACUUCACCGCAAUAAUUGUGAUAUUUAUUGAAAUGGGUAAAAAUUAUCCCUAUGACAAAAUUCUAUUAAGUGCUGGAUCUGUCACCUCCAUUCUUUUGCCACUUCUGAUUUAUUCUACUCUGAUUCUUUUUUCUCACUUUGAACAAAGUGUUCAAGGUUCAGAUAAAGUACCAUUACAAAAAACGCAAUCUCAAAGGCCGCAGCAUCUUUCAGCAGAGAUGGAAGACAGUUCAGAAAAAGAUUGUGGUACUAUUGUAUAAAGGAUAUUAACAGCUAAAGGACAUAAAAUUGCAAAUCAGAAUGAUCAAUGAAACAGUCCUCUGAAGAAAAUUAUGUAUGAUUUGAUUACAUGAUAUACGUUUAGAACCAUUAAGCCAGUUUCAGAAGUAAAUAUUUUUUUUAAAAAUAAUUUCGAGACUUUUUAAAGAUAAAUAUUUUAUUUAAAAAAUAAAUGAAUACAUAAAUAAAUAAAAGCAUUAUGUAAUUAAGA